AUGUCUCAGCAAGAGCUAGACGAACUACGCAAGCAUUUAGAAGAAGAAAGACGACGACGGGAAGAAGCAGAACGACGACAAGAGGAAGCAGAACGACGACAAGAGGAAGCAGAGAGACAACAAGAAGAAGCGGAACGGAACCUGAACCUCGAAAUACUACAAACUCGAAAUACAACACUCCCCGAAUUUCUCGACGCGUGCCACAAACAUCUCUUCCUCGGUCUGACGAUUCAGAAGGACAAGAAGUCGUCCACAAAGGGUGAUCCUGCCAAUGCGGACCGCAAGUUGCGACCGAGCAGAGUCCAGGAAUGGACAGACUUUCCAGAGGAGCAGAUGGCAAUAUGGGCGGACCUCAUGGAUUCAGAUUUUAUCACCGAGCGUCACUUUACACCGUUGCUAGCGCUGAGGGAAUCCGGAAAGGAAAUUAUGAAACGAAUGCACGGUUCCGAACUCGAUAUCGGAUACUUUCAACGCGAGUCCGUGGAGUCGCGUGUUGCAUCCGUGAUCGAAGAGCUCUACGCCAGCCGGCAAUUGCGGCGAAAAUUCAACCUUCGUGGAAACGUGAUGUUCGAAAACCAUGCCAACACACUGACAGAUGAAUCCAGAAUCGUCACAGACAUGAGCUCUCUCCGUUUGGAACCGGAAGGACCUCGUCGCUCCGAGCGCCUAGCAAGACGGUCUCGGGAUACCUCUAGGUCAACAUCACGGGUGAGAAGACAAACAGCCGCAGAGCCACGCCGCCCUCGUCCUCGAGCAGACCAGUUUUGCGUUUACAACCGAGGCCCGGACGAGAAGGUUCCGUCCUUUCUCAUCGAAUACAAAGCCCUACAUAAGCUGUCUCUCGCUCACAUCAAAGCCGGGCUGCAGGACAUGGAACUGGACCGCAUCGUUCGAUAUCAAAAAGAGGAGUCGCCGGAGGAUACCUGCCGUCGUGUUGUCGCCGCAGUAAUCACGCAACUCUCCCACUACAUGUACGAAAGCGGAAAUGAGUACGGUUGCGUGGCCACGGGCGAAGCAUUCAUAUUCCUUCGCGUUCCUCAUGAUAGACCAUCGACCGUCCUAUACUAUCUAUCGGUGCCGAGAGAAGAUGUUGGCAACAUUACGGAUUGGCCGAAAGGUGGCAAUCGGCUUCAUCUAACCGCAGUUGGCCAGCUCUUAGCUUUCACCUUGCGCGCUCUGCGGACUUCCCCACGGGAUAUGGCUUGGAGAAACUGGGCUGCACGCCAGUUGGAGACAUGGGAGAUGGUGUAUGACGACUUACUGGAGGAGAUCGCGGAGCAGGACAUUCCAGCUUCUGAGUACAAGCCGUCGCCCAGCCAAACAAAUUAUUACGCCGAUGAUAGCUUGGAUCCACCCACUCCCAGUCGAGCGCCCCGUGACUCUCGGGUUCCUCAGCAUCCAGCCACAGCCACCACAACCCGAAUAUCGACCAGAUCACAACGAUUGGAUUCGAAAGGCAAGUCUCGAAAGUACUGUACUCAAAAGUGCCUUCGCGGCUUGCGCUGCAAGGGACCCCUAGAUAGGAAAUGUCCCAACGCGAGCGAGCAUGGGGCCGGUCAACAUCAACUUAAUACCGCGAUGCUUAUCAAAUUAUUGGAUCGACAGCUCUCUCAGGACCCAGACCCUCACAAAGAGCUCGGAUGCGAAUCACUUCACGUACAUGGCUCGCGCGGAGCUCUUUUCAAGAUCACUCUCUGGUCACAUGGGUAUACCUUUAUUGGGAAAGGUGUUCCGAUUGACUUCAUCGAUUGUGCCAAGCGUGAGGAGAUGAUAUACUCCCAUCUCCGUGAGAUUCAAGGGCAGUACGUUCCAGUCGUCUUCGGUGGCCUCGACCUCCGUCGACCAUUCUCAUACGAUGGGAUCGCCAUGAUGGUUCACUUGACUCUGAUGAGCUAUGCCGGGAGAAAUCUGGCUAGACAACACAAAUUCGAUGAGGCGCAACUUAUUGCGCAGGCUGAGACGUCUUUACGUGCCAUUCACAAUCUUGGUGUCCUCCACAGCGAUCCAAUCCCAGGGAACAUGAUAUGGAAUGAGGAGAACCAACGGGUCAUGUUUAUUGAUUUCGAGCGAGCGCGGUAUCAAAAACGGGUUCCCUUGGGCUCCAUUGCUGCCAAUCAAAAACGGAAGCGAGUGGCUAGUGUCUGGGAUAAAAUCCCAAAUAAGCGACCUGAUUUCUUUAACCGGGAAUUGUCACGCAUGAGGUCUGAACUACGAUCUUGA